AAAACUCAUCCUCUCCAUCAAGAACGAUCUGAUCACAGUGUGUAUUGAUCAUGGCUCAAUCAAGCUAUGCACCCUUAUUCUCUCCAGUUUCUGUGAUAGGAUCACAGUUCAUGGUACCAUAUCAAUUCGAUAUGAUAGUUGAUAUAAAUUCAAGCGGAAACCUUGUGAUCACAGAUACUAACCAUAAAAUCAUGCUCAAAGUGAAACCAUGCGACUCAUCCUUCCACCUUCAGCGAGUGCUGCUCGAUGUUUAUGACAAACCCAUCUGCAUGAUCCGAGAGAAGAUCAUGAGUGAGCAUAAUCGAUGGAAUGUGUUUAGGGGUGAUAGUAAAAGCAAAUCGGAUAUAAUAUUUAGCACAAAGACACCUAGCAUGAUCCAGUCUAAGACCAGUGUACAUGUGUUCUUGGCAAACAAAGUAAGUAGUAAAGAUGUUUGUGAUUUCAAGAUCAAAGGAAGCUGGUCGAAGAAAACCUGCACUGUCUAUAUGGGAGAUACUUCAACAACAAUCGCCCAAAUGUAUGAAACACAAACACGGGAGAAUGGGGAGUACGUUAAGGACAAAUUCAUGGUGACAAUUUAUCCCAAUGUCGAUUAUGCUUUUGUGAUGACACUUAUAGCGAUUGUUGACGCUAUGAAAAGCUCCGACAGAGAUGACGUUAUUGAGGAAGUUAUUGGGAAUUGGGCCCUUCCUCUUUGACACAGAUGAUACCACGAUUGCAAGAAUCAAGGACGGAACCAAAUCGAUUCAGAUCCCUGGCUGUAAUAUCGAGACUGCCUUUAAAAUCAAAUAUAGUCUUUAAGUAAUCAGAAUCUAAUGUCUUUGAUAAUCAGAAGCCAUGUAUGUGUAUCAUCCUUAUAUAUAUGAUUAUUAUGGGCGGGGAUUUUUUGUAGGUGAGUUUUCUUUCACUUAUAUUUUUAUGUUGUGAGGGAGUUUUCUUUUAUUUAAACAAGUGUGAGUAUAUCUCCUCAUGGCUGUAGUUUAAAUUGCUUUUUAUUUGAAGGCUGCUUAAAAUUGUGGUUAAUGUUGGAAUAUUGUGUGG